GACGUGUUCUCGGAUGUCAGUGACCCGUCCUGGAUGGCCCGCCUCUCUCUCCCGCUCAGCAGUGAUUACCACGACAACGUCUUUGACCCCACCGGGCCACCGUCCCCUGAGAGUGAGCUUCCCCCCCGGGACACCCUGGACUCCUCCUCCUUCUCCACAUUCGGUAAGACUCCAGAGAAAGAGGGUCCUCUGGGGGGGGCGCUGCUCUCUGAGGUCAGCACCCUGUUUGAGAUGCUGAUGACCCAGAAAGCGGACUCUCACCCCGGCCCUCGACCCGACGUGCUGUACCGUCUCUCCGCUGCGUACCGACGCUCGCUGGGCCUCGACGCUAACGCUACCAACGCUAACAACGCCCCAAAGCACUCUGGGAACUCUGAGAAGAGGCCCGGCCACGCUGCACCGCCCGGACUUUACCAAUAACAGUAACGUCCGUUCACUGAACACUGGAAAGACUCUGGGUAGGAGGAGGAUUUUAGAGGCAUUAUGUGAUUUGAAUGACUGUAAAUAAAUUCACGAUGAAUCAUUUUUUGUAGAAUCACAACUUCAGGAUGUGUCACGUUCAACACUUCUGGAGCAAAACUGAAAUGAACGAGAGUCUGAGGUUGCCUUUGUCUGAAAUACAUAAAACAUUCAAAUGAAUACCAUAAAAUGCCAGCUCUAACUGAAGGCUUUGUUAAACGUGUAGGUCUUCGACGUGCUCUUAAAAGUUUGGACACUGUCUGCCUCUCUGAUUAGUUGGUUCCAGAGAAAAGGAGCUUGGACUCCUGAUCUUAAAUAUGAUUUGAAUGACUGUAAAUAAAUCCACGAUGAAUCUU